AGACUUAUAUGCACAUCAAACAUACCAAACAUGAAUUACUACACUAAUACAUGAAUGGUGACACAUAGCCCUUUGGCACGUUACACAAUGGACAUCUAUUUUUUAUUAUAAUAUUCAUGAUAUUAUGGUCCACAAAUAGUAUUGUAACCUUACAUAAUUCUCCAUCAUCAAAGGGCUGAGAAACAAACAAAUUUUAAGAAAUAAAUAAAGAAAAGAAAAGUUUAGUAGGUAUCAAAAUUUUCACUCUACCAUGUUUUCUUCCACCAAUCCCCUGUUUCUUCUUCUUCUUUCCGCCAUUUCUGCAACUUUCAUUACACAAGUCUUCACCUUCUUCAUCGACUUUCCUCUCUCCACCAACUACGAGCAGCUCGCCGCUCUCAACUGGACCUACGACACCACCGUCUUCCAUGGCGAAAACGUUCGGCCCCCGCUCCCCUCUGUAAUUCAAUCCGUUCCCAACGCCUCUCUUCGAGUCGUUUACAAUCAGACAUUUCGCCUCAGAAACAGACACAAAACGGCUACAUUUAAAGCCAACUUCGUGAUUAAUUUAGGAUCGGAGGCGACUUCCCCUUCAGGAAAUGAAGGGCUUGCUUUUAUUCUCACGCCGGACCUUGCUCCUCCGGCAGGCAGUGAGGGCCAGUGGUUGGGGAUUGCUAAUUCUACGACGAAUGGUACGGCGGAAGCAAGAAUCUUUGCGAUUGAAUUUGAUACCAAGAAGAGCUUUCCAGAGGAUGUUGAUGGAAACCAUGUGGGGUUGGAUUUGAAUGGGGUUUACUCUGUUUUGCAGAAGCCAUUGUCGGAAUUUGGAGUUAAUCUUUCGGCUAUGGCGGAUGUUUUCGCUAGAGUUGACUUUGAUGGUGAAAAUGUUUCGGUGUUCGUUUCUUUGUCGUCUAGAUUAGAAGAUCAAUUGAAAAACAGAGUGAUAUUUCAUCCCCUGAAUCUCUCUUUUCUUCCUGAUGAGGUUUAUGUUGGCUUCUCCGCUUCAAAAUUCGAUUUCAAUUCACAGAUUAAUUGGAUAAAGUCCUGGCAAUUCUUGGGGACUGAUGUCGAUGACGAUGAGGAGGAAUCUGAUAACCAUCGUCGACGGGUUUAUAUUACGGUCGGCGUAAUAAGUGGACUUGUUCUGUUAUUUGGGGUUGGAUUCCUCUGGUUUUGGAUCAUGAAGAAACGAAAAAGGGAUUUAGAAGAAGCAGAUGACAAUGGUAUAGAAGAUCAGCUUCAAGAUUUCUCCAUAGCCCAACGAGUUCAAAAGUUUGGAUUGAAAGAACUGAAGAAAGCAACAGAUAAUUUCGACCCGAAGAACAGUCUAGGGAAAGGCGGAUUUGGAACUGUUUAUAAAGGAAAUUUGAAAAACAGAGAGGUCGCCGUGAAGAGAAUCUCAGAGGAUUCUCGUCAGGGGAAACAAGAAUUCAUUACAGAAGUUGCAAUAAUUGGUGGCCUCCAUCACAAGAAUCUCGUAAAACUAAUUGGAUGGUGUUACGAGAAAAGGGAUUUUUUACUUGUAUAUGAGUUCAUGCCCAACGGCAGCUUGGAUAAAUUGUUAUUCAACGGCGGCGGCAAUCCCAGUUGGGAAAUUAGACUGAAUAUAAUUUAUGGGGUGGCUGAAGCUUUGGAUUAUCUUCACAAUGGGUGUGAAAAAACAGUUUUACACAGAGAUGUAAAAUCUUCAAACAUAAUGUUGGAUUCAAAAUUCGAACCGAAAUUGGGAGAUUUCGGGUUGGCUCGGACAAUUCGUCGAACAGAACAGACGCAUCAUUCAACGAGAGAGAUAGCAGGGACACGUGGGUACAUGGCGCCGGAGAUUUUUCUGACGAGCAGAGCCACGGCGGAGACCGACGUGUACGCGUUCGGAGUUUUAGUUCUGGAAGUUGUGUGUGGGAGAAAGGCGGCGAAUCCGUCGGAGAUGGGCGGAAAUUACGACGGGGAUAUUACGCAGUGGGUUUGGGAGUUUCAGGAGAGAGGGGAAAUUGUGGCGGCGGCCGACGAGAGGAUCGGCGGGGAAUAUGAGAAGGAAGAAAUGGAGAGAGUAUUGGUAUUGGGAUUGGGUUGUUGCCAUCCGAAUCCGCAUCAACGGCCGACGAUGAAAAAUGUUUUACAAAUUCUUAAAGGGGAAGUGAAUCCGCCGAUUGUUGGUCGGGAAAAGCCGAGUUUUAUGUGGCCGCCGAUGGCUCCGUCGUCUAGAGAUGACACGGGAAGUUCUGUAAGAGAGAGUCAAUUUGCGGAUCCAUUAACAGAGCUUGUUGGAAGAUGAUCAUUUUGGUCUGGAUUCAUUUUUUCUCCCAAACAGUUUAGUUUUGGAAAAUAUUAUAUUUUUGUAAAAGUUGUAGUGUUUCCGAACUCUCAAAAUUAGUUUGAAAAAUGUUUUUUUUUUCUUC